AUGGAAGAAGGAAAUGCUACCCAAGUUGAGGUGUUUGUCCUUCUUGGCUUCUCGCAUCUCCCUCACCUUCGGCUCAUCCUAAUCUGCAUCUUCUCGUUCCUCUACGCCUGCACACUGCUUGAAAACGGUCUUAUGGUUCUCCUCAUUAAACAUAACCACCGACUCCACAACCCAAUGUAUUUCUUUUUGGCCAACCUCUCUGCCAUUGACCUCUUUUUAUCAUCAGCUAUAGUGCCAAAAAUGAUAAGGGACCUUGUUUCAGGAGAAGGACUUAUAUCUUUACGUGGUUGUAUUAUCCAGCUGUUUUUCUUUGCCCUGUUGGCAGGGGCAGAAUGCCUUUUUCUUUCUCUUAUGGCUUUUGACCGUUAUGUCGCCAUCUGUAACCCCCUUCAUUACAUAAACAUAAUAAGCCACGAGACAUGCUUUAAGCUGAUAAGUGGGGUAUGGGUUCUGUCUUUCCUCUGUUCUCUACUGCACACAAUGUUCACGUACAACAUAGUCUUCUGUGGUCCUAACAAGAUCAAUCACUUCUUCUGUGAUUUUCUCCCACUUUUCCAACUCGCCUGCUCUGAUAUAACGCCUAAUCUAAUCAUUGUUUAUGUAUCAGACUUUCUCAACGGAAUGUGCAAUUUUUUGAUAAUUCUUAGCUCCUACAUUAGUAUUAUAACUACAAUAUUAAGAAUAACAUCUCAGAAAGGAAGGCUGAAAGCUUUCUCUACAUGUGCUUCACAUCUGACGGUGAUCUUUCUGUAUUAUGGCACACUUAUCUCCACCUAUUUCCAUCCUCUUCGUAGCUUUUUAGAAUCCAAAGACAGAACAGCAUCUCUAAUCUAUACCAUGGUAACACCAGCAUUAAAUCCACUCAUAUACAGUCUCCGGAACAAUGAUGUGAAGAAGGCACUUAAAAUCUACUUUGCGAAAGUCUGA